CUUUGUAUUCAGCUUCUCGACAUCCAGCUUCUCGUUGUGUCGCGGAGGUCGCCGCCAGCACGGCUUUGGUCCGCUUGGCACUGGGCGGGAGACAGCUUGGUGGCCACAUGAACACGUGUCAUCACGCCCGCGGUGGCUGGGGUCGGGGACGCGACUUUUCAGGUCGUCCCCCAGCCCAGAAGAAGGGCGGAAACCAAGUCCCGGAAAGGUGGAAAGACUAUUUACCAGUUGGACGUCGGAUGCCUGGGACUCGUUUUAUUGCUUUCAAAGUACCUUUGCAAAAGAAGUUUGAAGUGAAUCUUGCUCCAGAAGAAUACUUUUCCCCUUUGGAUCUGUUUAACAAAAUCCAGGAACAAAAUGAAGAGCUUGGCUUGAUUAUUGAUUUAACAUAUACUCGGCGAUAUUAUAAACCAGAGGAUUUGCCAGAAUCUGUUUCAUAUUUAAAAAUCUUUACAGUUGGGCAUCAGAUACCGGAUGAUAACACUAUUUUUAAAUUUAAAUGUGCUGUUAAUGAUUUUUUGAAAGAAAAUAAAGACAAUGGCAAACUUGUUGGUGUCCACUGCACCCAUGGCUUAAACAGAACUGGCUAUCUCAUCUGCAGAUAUUUGAUUGAUGUAGAAGGCAUGAGGCCAGAUGAUGCAAUUGAAUUAUUCAAUAGGUGCAGAGGACAUUGCAUAGAAAGACAAAACUACAUUGAAGAUCUUCAAAAUGGGCCUAUCAGGAAGAAUUGGAAUUCUGGUGCAUGUAGGUCAGUUGGUGUUGAAGAGUCAGCGCAUAUCAUGGAACCAGUCCACACCAUUAACAAGCCUGUUAACCAAGGACCUAGGUACAACUUUCAUCGGACCCAUGGCUACCCAGCAGCACCUCCAGCACCUCCUCGGCGUUUUCAUGUCCAGACCCCAAACGUGCAGCAGUCAUUCCGAAAAUUUUCACAAAAUCAAAACAUUUACCAGAAAGUCCGUAUGCCUCCUCCUGGGCCUGCUGGAGAAGAUUGUUCACAACGAAGAUACUUUUGGAAUGUAAAGCCAAAUAGCAAUCAACCAGCCCAGAAUAAGAAGUGGUUUUCCAGCAAUUACCAGAGACUAUCCUGCCCAACCUAUUGGGGAUGGACCGAAUGAUACUAAGCUGUGCUGGCAAUCUACUUGGACAUCCGCGCUGGAUGAAGAUGGCUAGAGAGCAGCUUUUAAUAAAACCAGGUCAAAUGAGAUUUCCCUCCCGCCAACUUUUAAAAAUCUAUUACUCUUCUGUGCUCAAAUAUUAGUAUUUACCUCUUUUCUGAUAGAUACAAAAACAGCAGUUUAAACAAAUUUUGUCAUUUUAACUUUAAAUUUUUCUAAAAGAAAUAUUUUUGAGCUGAAUAACUUAACAUUUCUUUUGCAAAUCGUUUUUUUAAUUGGCUUCCCCCCCACCCCCGUAUUUUCUUCUAGACUUGUGAUAUAAGUACAGAAAUGUUUAAUGUUUGUCAUGUUCUAUUACUGACAUGGUCAUUAAGGGUAUCUCCUCCUCCCAACCACCCCUCCCCCCAACUAUUCACAAUUUCUCUUAAGAUCUUCCUGGAGACAAUUAUUUCUUUAGAAUUUAAUCACUAACUGUAAUUAAUUUUUGUUUUUAGGUAUUUUUUAAUUUGGCACUUUUGGAAUAUGAUCAACUUCUUUCACUGAAUUACCAGAUAUGCCAUCUAACACAGUGAUAGAUAAAAUUUUAGGGAUUAUCAGUUGAGCAAGAGAGUGAUUGAAUUGAUAAAUCAGAAUGCUGGGUAAAUUAAGUUAUAAUUUACCUGUCAGGAUAAAUGUCAUCAACAGGGUAGAACUAUCCAGAAAACUUAAAAACUUUUACAGAUUAUAAAGGUCACUUGAAGAACAGAAUAUAACCACAAAUUGCUUCUUAUAUCUGAGAAUACUGUUGGUGAUAUUGCUCCUCUUUUGAACAUAACCCUCUGGGAUCUUUCUCCAGUUGCCUUUCACACUGGAGUGGUGCUUUUUCUCUAGUAUACACAGGUAUACUACUUCGGAGGGGUGCUAAUUAUUUGUAACUAUAGUGCUUGCUCAGGAAAUGUCUCUUAUCAUGACACAAUAAACUUUAGUGAACAUUUGG